UCAAAACUACACGUAACGUUACGGCAACUGGCAGCCCCGCCAACAGCUUGUGAUCAUUACAAGGCACUCUAAAAAGCGGCGACAGUCACUCAUUUAAACUGUUAAUAAACUCACCGUUUGUAAAAGCGAGAGGAGCCACAGGAGAUACACCUCUCCCGACAUUUUGGAGCCUGCUUUGUUACCGAAACCCGCUCGGAGGACCCCUGUACUUUACUUAGAGGAAACCCCGUCGUGCCUGACCGGUAAACGUCAUAACGGUCACAUUCUGUUUUAGAAACAGUCGGACGCCUGCCUAACUAAAAUCAUUCAUAUAUGUUAUAUACAUAAAUGUACAAAUAUGUUAAAGGUUAGUACGAGUUUAAUUUAAUUUUAUGUUUCUUGAGCUUCGGCAUACGCUAUGGUCGACUUGUAAUUUCUUCCUCGCUUCUGCUGUUGUUAGUGGUUUGAGAAAGAAGUGCGACAUCUGCUGUCGGAGUUCAGGUCAGCUAGUAAAUCGGGUCCAAUCCGAGUUGAACAGACAGUGAUUGUCGGCGAAUAGAAAGCCUCAGCUGCGUGGUGGACUGCUCGUACAUCCAAUGGCCUGACUGGUAGUAAUAGCCUGUCCGUGGUGCGGUGGUGAACACACUGGAUGGGACAGGACAGCGCUACAUGGGGGACGCAGGCGACAGCGGCUGGUACCACCGCUCGUACACCCUGGGGGCACAAAUACGCUCUCUGGAGAAAUCUCAAGGGCUUUAAGACGCUCCGCUGUUGGGAAUUGACUUGAUGAAAUAACCAAGCCGAGUAUGAACACUUCGUAUUUGAGUGUCUCCUUAUCUGAGCAUGGACUGACCAAAUCCCUCUCUGGAUGAUUUGAUGGGGCUGCUCAGAGUCAUGAUGCCGCCCAAGUUGCAGCUUCUGGCGCUGCUGGCGUUCGCAGUGGCCAUGUUCUUCCUGGAGAACCAGAUCCAGAAGCUGGAGGAGUCCCGAGGAAAGCUCGAACGAGCCAUUGCCAGACACGAGGUACGAGAGAUCGAGCAGCGGCACACGCAGGAUGGCCUGCGGGAACGGGACUCGUCGGCUUCGUCGCUGUCUGACAGCGAAGACGACGUGGUCAUCAUCUACAACCGCGUCCCCAAGACAGCAAGCACCUCCUUUACCAACAUCGCCUAUGACCUGUGUGGGAAGAACCACUACCACGUCCUGCACAUCAACACCACCAAGAACAACCCGGUCAUGUCCAUACAAGACCAGGUGCGGUUUGUAAAGAAUGUGACUGAAUGGAGGGAAAUGAAACCAGCUUUCUACCACGGACAUGUUUCCUUCCUGGAUUUCACCAAGUUUGGGGUGAAGAAGAAGCCCAUUUACAUAAAUGUGAUCCGGGACCCCAUUGAAAGGCUGGUGUCCUAUUAUUACUUUUUACGUUUUGGGGACGACUACCGACCUGGCCUGAGACGCAGGAAACAAGGAGACAAGAAGACGUUUGAUGAAUGUGUAUCAGCCGGCGGCUCAGACUGUGCCCCUGAGAAGCUUUGGCUCCAAAUACCCUUCUUCUGUGGUCACUACUCUGAAUGCUGGAACGUGGGCAGCCAGUGGGCCCUGGAGCAGGCGAAAUACAACCUAGUGAACGAGUACAUGCUGGUCGGAGUAACAGAAGAGCUGGAGGACUUUGUCAUGAUGCUGGAGGCCGCGUUGCCGCGCUUCUUCAGAGGAGCCACUGAGCUGUACAAAACAGGGAAGAAAUCCCACCUGAGGAAGACCAGCGAGAAGAAGCCGCCCACAAAGGAGUCGAUUGCCAAGCUGCAGCAGUCGGCCAUCUGGAAGAUGGAGAACGAGUUCUAUGAGUUUGCACUGGAGCAGUUCCAGUUCGUUAGGGCACAUGCUGUCAGAGAAAAGGACGGAGAACUCUACCUGCUGGCACAAAACUUCUUCUAUGAGAAAAUCUACCCCAAAAACUGAAGAGACACGUGGCAGUAGAAGAGUUUGGAGUGUCAUGGAGAAGGACGGACACUUUGUACAGGCUCAGAUGUGCAGGCUGAGAGCGGUGAGAGAACAUAAUGUGGAGCUGCAGAGCAGUCUGCCUCUGACGCAGCGAUCAGACUGGCGACAGCUCUGUUACUCACAUCUGUGCCAGACAACUGGACGAAGAGCUCGUGUUUCGUCGGGAGGCCGUGUCCCCAGCAGCUUCCGGGGGCAUGCACUCAUCUGCACCGAAGACCUCUGCCGGCACGUGGUCGGAGACGUCUUCUCCAACAGCUGAUCAGACCCCGACUCCUGAUUGGCUUCACUAUUACUCUGAUCCAAACAAAACAUUUUCAUUGGCUCUGUACUGUUUGGUUGUGUUUUGUUGUACUUUAACUCUUUACUAUGGUUGUCUUUUGUAUGUAAAGACGGUGACAUUUUUCAUGGUGAAACAACACCCCCAUGCCUCACCACCACUACUAACUUAAAGAGAUUUUAAGUGUAAGAAACUGACUACUGUGCUGUAUUAUUGGACUUGAAUGAGAACUUUUGAGGUUUUUAUUAAAUAAAAAUCCUGUGAUCAUGGACUACUUACAGGGGCAAGUGCAUAUGUUUUAUACUGUACCUGAUGUGUUUUGUUGGAUGACUCUCGUUAAUGUGCAGCUUUGCCCAGAGCCUUUUCAUGGGUGAUGUAGGAAACUUUUACACAUGAUAUUAUUGAAGUGUGUAAGAACAUCAAGGAUGAAGAUGUUGCUGCUGUAAAUAUUUACUACUUUUCAGUCCAUUUCAUUUACAACUAGAUUGGCUAAGGGACAAUAUUAACCUUUUUUUCUGUUAACACCUUUUUGAAUUAGCAUUGGGCAUUUUAUCGGUUUGUAAAUUUCUUUCCGCUCUUUCAUUUCACUUUUUUGCUUGCAUUUAUUUUGUUUUUUUUUUCAUUGUAAAAACAGAUAAACAUGAUUGUCCACUAUUAUUUUUCUCUGCUGCUUAAAGGAUUAGUCAGACAUUUUGGGAAAUAUGUUUAUUCACUUUCUUGCCAAGAGUUAGAUGCAAAGACCUCAUAUCAGUCCGUUAAAUGUAAGGUUAUAGCCACGAAAUGUUAGCUAAGCUAACAGGUUGCAGCAUUAUAUUUCAUAGACUGAUGAGAAAGUAUCAGUCUUCUCAUCUUACUCUCAGCGAGAAACUUAAUAUCCAUAUUUCCCAGAAUGUCUGUCCAUUCCUUUACAUUUCUGUUGUUUCCUUUGCAGUUGUUCACAGAGAUUGGUAAGAACUUUGCUAAAUUUGCUUAAGAAGUUUUCAUCUCUCGUUUUCUUGAAAUUUGGGCUGAUUUUGGGUUUUUUUUUACAACCUUUUAUUGGCCGAUUGAAGGUCUUGUCUCCCAUUGAAAAAUUGUAACAGUCAGAAAAGUCACCUAUGUCUUAUCAAGAAGGUUGCAUAGUGUGAAGGCAAAAACAUUUCUACAUCUGGAGGAGCUGCAUAGAUUUUUUUCUACUGGAUGUACUUUCCACCACAGUUCUUGAGGUAUUCACAUAUGCAGAUGAAUAGGUACUAAUUUUCAUCUGAGGACGUACUGUAGUUUACCACUCAGUUUUUGUGUGCCUUCUCUACACCCAGUUCUACUUGUGUUGCAGCUUUGUGAGAUGGAACAUUAAAACAACAUGGCUGUUUUCGUCUUUUGAUUGCCAAACAAAUAUACAGAAUGUUUGAAAAAAAAAAAAAAUACAGGAGGUGCAUGUGUGCUUCUUAAAUCAGUGUAAAUACGCAUCAUCAUCACCACCACCAGGUACAAUGG